AUGGACUCGUUGGAAGAUCAACUUGAUGGCUCAGAGGAUGAGAAAGGCCCGCUGUCGCCGACAGACAGUGAAGAUCCCAUUUUAUCGAAGAAUAAUUGUGAUACGGUCUCGCUGGGAUGGCCAAGUCUGUUUGCAUUGACAUGCGGUAUUGGAGGGUUGCAAGUGAUAUGGUCGGUCAUUCUCUCGCAAGGGGCACCGUUCCUUGUAUCUCUUGGGCUUCCAAAAUCUUUAACUGCCCUAGUAUGGAUAGCAGGGCCAUUUUGCGGUGCAUUCGUACAGCCCAUUGUGGGCUAUCUCAGCGAUAUGAGCAGGUACUCUUGGGGACAGAGAAGACCAUUCAUUGUGAUCGGAGCCGUUAGCACCAUUUUUUCGCUCUGGAUGCUCGCGUGGACAGAAAGUGGUAUCAAAUGGGUUGUACAGACCUGUCACUUGGAGGUCCGGAAAGAGAUUACAGCAAAUGUUGUCAUUGCUUUCGCAGUAUUUUGGAUCUACGCCCUCAAUGUCUCAAUACAACCGCUUCAAGUUGGUCUUCGGGCAUUGGUAGUAGAGAAUUGUCCGACGCACCAGCAAGCGCAAGCAAGCGCGUGGGCAAGUCUCAUAACUGGAGGUGGAAACAUCUUUGGUUAUCUUGUGGGGUUUACUCCUCUCCCAGAGAUUGCAAAACAGUUAUAUUUGACGCAUUUUCAAUGGUUGGGCAUCAUAGCCUCUCUGGCAGUCGCAAUAACGGUCUCAAUUACCUGUAGCUUCGUUCAUGAGAGGAGCUCCGAAGCUUUGCUCCUUCCAUCCGUUAGAGGUCCACAACAAUUCCUUCGAACUUUCAGGACCAUGCCACUGAAGAUUCGGAGAGUCUUUCACAUUCAGAUCUUUGCUUGGAUGGCGUGGUUUCCUUAUCUCUUCUACGCAACGAGCUACGUUGGUGAUUUAUAUUUCAAUGCCAUACCACUGAGCACUUCAGAGACGUAUCAGCCUUCUACAAGUGCUAUUCGUAGUGUUAGCACUCGGGUUGGCACAUUUGCGACUUUUUUAUCGGCAAUUGUCGCCUUUCUCACCAAUAUGCUUCUCCAGUUCGUUAUCCGACAAACUACUUGUAACGAUUCGCAUGACUCUAAGUCCCAUGGGCGAAAGCACUUGUUCCGAAGUUUCACUAUUGCUCAGGUUUGGACUUUUGCGCACAUAGCUUUCGCCAUCUUGAUGUUCUCAACUUUUCUUGUAAAGACACAUAUUGGUGGCACUGUCUUGAUUGCUAUGAGCGGGAUCUCAUGGGCCAUGACUUUGUGGGUUCCGUAUGCCAUCAUUGGUCAAGAGUUAACAGCAAAGCAAGACAGACUGAGAGAAAUCGGCACGGCAGAGUUAGAAUCGCCGGACGAGAAUCCAGCGGGUCUCAUCAUGAGUCUUCAUAAUAUGGCAAUUUCGCUACCACAAAUUGCGGCGGCCCUAGUAUGUAGUGUGAUUCUCUGGCUAUCAGAUGGUCAAAACGGUCUUGCUUGGUGUCUACGAGCUGGUGGUUUGGCAGCUUUGGGGGCUGCAUGGACAUUGUUGUCUCUGGAGGAUAGUUGA